AUGGUCGACACGUCGCAUUCCAAAUCCGUCCGCGGCACCCUAUCAAACCCAAAGACCAAAGAAGCAAUCAAUUCCACCAAAUCCACCCCCGAUCUAGGGGAUGGCACGAGUCUAAAACCCGCCAACGACGACAAAAAGCCUCUUCCAUCAAAUGAUUCCGCUCCACCAGCCGGUCAAGGGAAUGAUACACCGUCUGCCUCCUCAUCCUCAUCUUCAUCUUCAGAUUCUGCUCCCACAGUCUCAGACCCUUAUCGCAAAGCUGGUACAAGCGCUGGUGGCGGCGACAAAAAAGCCAUAGGCAAUGGCGGAAACGUAGAGGGUCGAAACAUGGAAGAUGGGAAGCAAGGAGGUAAGAAGAAUGAGGCAAAGGAGAAUCUUCCACAUAGCAAAAAAGUACGGGGUACACUAGCAAACGACGAUGGGGCAAAGGUGAAUAAGACGCAACUCGGCGAUCCAGCGAGCUUGAAAGCGGAGACGAGCAACACGAAGGACAUGGGGAGGCAGACGGAAAGGGAGGGGCAAGACAAGAGUGGGAAGAGUAAACUGUAG